AUGGCACAGGCGUUUCCCUACACAUUCUACGCAUGCGAUUGCUUCGACAGCAACGCCGUCACCCCAAACAAACACGGCGCCUCGCAGCUGCUUGCCGCAGCCGCAGCUGAAGAGGACGAGCGCAACUUCGACCCGCAAAGCCCACGCUCCAACUACUCGCUCUACCCGCUCGAACACCUCCUCUACUGCGAGGACUGUCAGCAGAUUCGAUGUCCGCGCUGUGUUAUUGAAGAGACGCUGAACUGGUACUGCCCGCAUUGCCUAUUUGAAGUGCCCAGCUCCGUUGUCAAGAGUGAUGGGAACCGCUGCACGCGCAACUGCUUCAAUUGCCCCAUCUGUAUAUCGCCCUUGAUCGUCAACGUGCUCGACAAUCCAGACAGGCCUCCUGGCACUGGCGACCGGCACAUAUUGGCAUGUCCAUACUGCCACUGGAGCACCAUCGAGACGGGCAUCGAGUUUGAAAAGCACACAGGCGUUUAUGCACAGAUUUCACGCAUAGCCAAUGGCGGCAAGCCGAUUCCCACACUAAAGGAGCGUGACAAGGAGCGUGAGAGACGGAAAGACCACGAGGCCAGGAGCCGAGAGACCGGAUUGCCCUCGUCUCCAACAGACGACUUCAUGACAAACCCAGCGGAUUCCGAGCCACUGAGCCGUGAAGACCUCUUCUCCAAUCUCAGCGCCUUCUACAAGUCCCAACUUGAGGCCCAGGCACCGUCCAAUUCCUUGUUUGCGGCGGGCGACAUGAAUUUCUCGUCGCCCUCUGCAUAUACGCGCAUCAUGAAUCUAUACUCCACAACGACUGCAAAGAAGCAAAAGCGUAACAAGCCUUCACCGAUGCGAGAAGCUGCUUCAGAGCUGGAAGGUUUGGCCAUCCACGACCCAGCAUCUGAUAUCGCGGCUAUUGAGCGUAUUAAGAGAGAUGGUUGGGCCUCCACUCUCUCCACCACUCAAAAGCUUGAGCAAAUCAAUCCUCACAUACGUUUCGAAGAUGAACUACGACCUGUGCCUACACUUCUUUGCACUAGACGCACAAAACGCUGCCGCUCGUGUCGUCAGAUCGUUGCUAAGCCAGAAUCCAAAAUAACUUCGACUCGGUAUAAAAUCAAAAUUCUCGCCCUCAGCCACAUACCACGCAUAAGCAUUCGUGCACUACCCGCUACUAACCCUGGCCAACCAAGCACCUCUGUACAGUCACCCGCUAUCAACUACACUGCCUUGAGAUCGGGUGUUGCUACACAUUUUCUACUCACCCUCAGCAAUCCUCUUUUUGACCCGAUUCGUGUUACGCUGGCGACGUCAAGCCUGACACCCGGUAAGGUCCAAUCACGGGUCACCAUUUUGUGCCCGCAAUUCGAUAUUGGCAAGAAUACAGACGUCUGGGAUGAUGCUCUCUCGUCUACUGUAGCUCCUGAGCGUCGUGGCUCCCUGCUCAAUGCCGAUGGACAGAUAGAGGCAGGCAAAGUCUGGGACAAGGGCCGUAAUUGGACUACUGUGGCUAUUGAAGUCGUGCCUGGCUUUCUCAAGCCGACAACUGGUUUCGGAUCAGUCGAGGAAGAGCUCGAUGAAGACGAUGAUUUGCUUGAGAUACCCAUUUUUGUGCGGAUUGAGUUCGAGGCUGACAUCAAUGCGGAUGAACGGGGAUUGGGAGAUUCUAGAGGCUCAAAGGGUGAGAAGGAGAGAAGAGAAGAAGCGUUCUGGACGGUAGUGGGAGUGGGAAGGAUUGCACCCCUGUAG